AAAACAGUCAAAGUCCACUUCCGCCCAAAUUUGAAAACACUCACGGCACAGUAGCCCUCGGUGUCGGAAUAAAACAAUAUACUUUUGAUUUGACGCGAACCACAAUGGACCUGUUCAGCCAAGAGAAUAUCAAAAUGUAUUUCUUUGAAAACAGACUUAAAACGUUCGAAGGGUGGCCUUUUAAUGAAGACUGUACGUGUACUCCGGAGAAUAUGGCCAAAGCUGGCUUUGUCCACACACCUUCAGACAACUGUCCAGACAUCGCCAUGUGUUUCUUCUGCCUCAAGGAGCUGGAGGGCUGGGAGCCAGAGGAUGACCCAGAGAAGGAACACAAAUCUCAUUCACCAUCCUGCCACUUCAUCACCCUGAAGAAGAAAGUAGAAGAGCUGACUGUGGAAGAAUUCGUCAAACUACAGAAGGAGAAACAAAAGUUCUUGAUUAACAAAACUGGUAAAGAGGCAAUCACCAAGCUUGAAGAGGCAGUCAAACUGAGGAGAGCAGAGAUCAUCAAGACAUCCAUGGGAGAAGAGUGACACGCAAUCGAUGUACAUGAAUGGGAAGAAAGCUAUCAAGUGACUGUUUUGUUUUGUAUUUUCAAUAACUGUCAUGUUUGUUCAUCUGCCUUCGUGUUUUCUGUGUUGUCCUGUAUCUUUGUUACUUUUAAAUGUCAUUUUCAUUAAAUAUAUUCCAUUUUAAACCCA